CGCGUAUUCAAACUGUUUUGGUAUGACGACAGAGCCAGAAGCGUCCCAGAUCAACCAUAACCAUCCUUAUGUGUAGUUUUACGGCGAAAGGGGGAUGGGCUAAUGAAAUGAUUGGGCUAGUUGUUGGACCACCAAGCAGCUACGCUACCUGCUGUCCUUGCAUGCCAUAACCCGAUGGAUCCUAGCGGAAGUGACCUGGAUUCGAGUCUGCCCCAUGCAGAGAACCCUUGCCUGAUCGUGGAGGACUCCCAGCCCGACAGUGCGGCACUGGAGGACGACCCGGACAGUAGCUACCGCGCCUUGCUCGCCCGCCGCUUGUCCAGCCUGCAGCCUGCCACCUCCCACAGCCCUGUACUGGAGCUGAUGUCCUCUCCGGCAGGAAACCGAUACUCCGAGACAGACAGCCAAUCAGAGAGGGUCCAGAACAACAAUCACAACGGGCCAGUCAACCAGGAGGAAAGUCAAGUCCUAGAAGUUUGCUCCAAUACAAGGAGGUGUUCUACAGAAGACAUGGCCACGGAGUCUGGGGCGGACUCCACUACACACUGCGCCCAGCCUGAAGGGGGAGUGUCCAAGUUAGAUUUUCUGGAGCUUUCUGAGAGCCAGGGUCCGGGUGAAGUGGUGGGGAACAGUCAGGAGGAGGAGGGCCCUACUGCUGCCCAGACAGACAGCCAGAGACACAACCAGCCAGGUGAACAGAAGAACACAACCAGGGGCUUGACUUCAGGCAGUCAGGACAGAAAAUCCAAGAGGUCGGAGGUGAGCUCUAGCAGCUCGUCGGAGCCCCUGGGUCGUGCCGGCCGGGAACUGAGUGUCCAGGCUUUGCUCCACUCCCAGGGCCUGCAGGCCUCCGAGGACCAGGAUCCCAAAGGGGAAGACUCUGAGCUGCUGUCCUCUCAGGAGGACCUCUUCGACACUGACAAGACAGGCACAGGGGUGGACAGCACAAUGUCAGAGGCAGAGAACCAAGGUGUGCCCACCCUGACCCCUGCCCACACCCUGCGUCUGCUGCACCUCUCUGGGCAGGGCACCCUGGUGCAGGAGAGCCUCUCCCAAAACUCUGAGUUUGUAGCACCCACCCAGGAAAACUUGAGCCAAACACCUUUCAUCGUCCCCAAUUCACCGACAGGACAAGAAAAUGAACUGGGUGCCGACGAAUCAAUGGACACGUCUAUGCCUCCGGAGGACCAAUCGGAUGGUAAGGAGGAGGAGCCAAUGGACCCAGCUCCUAAGUCACACCCCUCGGCAUCCACCCCAGUAUCCCAGAACUCCCCAGGUUUUGUGUUGGAGAGGACCCUCUCUCUGCCUACCCAGCCUGAGUUAUCUCAUGAUGUAUUUGUCCCAACCCAGAGCCAAGAGGCUGGAAGCAGUAGCAUAGCUCCACAAGAGACGCACAGCAGGAAAGUGACAUCAUCAUCCCAACCCACAGCCCUGGAUUCAAGCUCACCCAAGAUGGCCGCUGCACCCGCCCAGUCCAAAGCACCCACAACAACUGACCGAGAACACUCUGUGAUUGAUUCUUUCCAACUAGAGCUGUCUCUGAAUACUCAGAGCUGUAGUCUGGCCCAGCAGGCUUCCAUGCAGGCUGGGGGGAAGGAUGUCGAGGAGGACAGUCAGGCUACACAGAUAGAAGGUCUGGACGGACGCCUACGGAUAGACACCAGUGACUCUGUGAUUUCACGUAACAGCCAGAAGAGGGAAAGUAACGGGGUCCCCUCCGACCCAAAAACACCUGCUAUUUUGCCUAAAGUUCCUCAGGUGCCUGACUUACUGAAGACUAGCGGGGAAAGUACCAGGAGAGAGGAAUGUAGCACAUCACAGAAGUCUGACACGCACAAACAGACAACCUUGAAUGUACGCAACGUGAAUAUAGGCGACGAUGGUAUCAAUGUGACCAAAACAGAUAGUUCUCAGAAGCAGGAUGCCAAGGCCUCUUCCCCCUCUCCUUCCUCCCAACAGAAGCUUGAAACCAUAGACUUAUUCACCCCUAGCAGCUGUGUGCAGGAGACGCCUUCUUCCUCGAAUAGCGCUGCCUGUAGUUUAGCCUCCCUGUCUCAGUCUCAAUCCCAGUCUGUUUUCCCACAGAGGUCUCACGUGGGAUCAGUGAAGGCUCUCUCUCCGAGUCCAGGUGUUUGUGUAGACUCCAGAAGAGAUGGAGGAGGAAGGAGAGACAUAGGAGAAGCAGGAGGAGGGGGAAGCCCGACGAGCUCACAGAAAAACCGGGACCCGUCUAAAUCCAUACAGUCUUUAUCGCAGGAGCAUGGAGGCACUGCUACCAACAGCCCAAAGGAGAAAAACAAAGCAGAUGAAGAAGGGAUGGAGGAGGGGGGAGAGAAGCAGCACGACAGCACGUUGGGGCCCGAGGGCUCAGGCCUCUAUCUGUCUCUCUCUCAGAGCCAGGUGCUUUCUCCAGAGCCCAUGGAGGAAGAAGAGGAGGAAAAAAUAGGGAAGUUCCCUGUCUCGCACUCCAGUAGCGAGGGAGGAGUAGGAGAGGAGGAGAGCUGCAGCAGCAUCAUUGUGCUGGAGGAGAGUGAGAGGAGCUCCCAGCUACUGGAGAAGGAAGUGAAGUCGCCGUCUAACAUGGGCACGUCUCAGCCAGUGGCAAGCCGGCGGGGGUCAGUGUCGUCCAAUGGCACAGGGUCACAGCUGAAGGACACCCAGCUGGUACCAAUCGGACUCACCCAGGCUGAUAAGGAAGGGUCUAGGGAAGCAGAGGGGCUCCGAGACAAGAGCCUCAGUGACAGCUCUGGAGAGAUUCCAUUCCACUUCACUCUCCCCAAAGAAGGCGAGCUGAUUGGCCCUCCUGUGAGUGCCACUCCCCCUCUGAUCAGCCAGUUGAAGCAGACACCAAGACACAGCACUCCGAUUGACAUGACUUCCUUCUCUGAGAAGUCCGCGGCGGUGGGUGAUGUUUCCACGGAGACGGCGAUGGCGACCAGUGAAAUCACGGCGGGGGAGAGUGGCGAGGACACGGCCGACGGGGCUGAUGGGAAACUGAGUUUGCGGAUGAAGCUGGUGACCCCUGUGGAGGAGGGCAGCUCAGAACACUUCAGCCUGCAGAAGCCACCGCAAUCAGACGAGGAAGGCUCUGUCUCCAAGGUUACCACCGUUGUCAAGGCUGUAACCAGUGUCCCUGUCCCCAGCCCCCUGCCCAGCCCCUCUGUGUUCAGCAGGGUGAGGGAGGCCCACAGACAGGUGAUGGAGGACCAGACCGAGGCCCAUCCCAGUGACCCUGGAACCCCUGUCAGAGGGGAACUGUUCAGCUCACCCUCACAGCAGAAAAGCUCCCAAAGACCCUCCAUCCCCUCUCUCUCCCUGGAAUGCAUCAGCCUCCCCAACAGCCAAUCCGAGCCCCUCUCCAGCCCCCGCCAGGAAGUGAAGCAUACGUUGCCAUUGGGGCUCAGAGAGAAAGAGCCUCCUGCUGAACCAUCCACCCCAGGCCGUCCAGCAGUGAAAACACCACAAAAAGGCACCGCAGCUGGGGAUAGAGAGCCGUGUGGGCCCCCGGAGCCAUCCACCCCCACCAGAGCCGCUGCCAUCAGACAGAGGGCCGUGUCCCAGCAGACAAGCUUUGACAACACCAUCGCUCCCAGUUCACCCAGUAAGCUUUGUCAGAGAGUGGCGUUUCAGCAGACCAGUUUUGAAGCGGCUGGCCCCAGGUCUCCAGCAGCCAGCGGCGAGCCAGAGACCCCACCCUCGAGGGCAGCUGCUGGUCCCGCCCAUCGCAGACACGUGCGGACCAUUCAGGAAGUGCGGACGACGGUCACACGCAUCAUCACAGACGUGUACUACGAGGACGGGAGAGAGGUGGACUGUAAGGUCACUGAGGAGUCGGAGGAGCCGGUGGUGGACAGCCGUGUGUUGGAAAGCGACAUCUCUCCGUGUCGCACCGGCAGCUCCAUGACCUCCGGUGACCUGGGUGAUGUCAGCUCUCUGUCCUCCAAAGCUUCCAGCCUGCAGCACAGCUCCGGGGGCACCAGCAUAGUCACGGGUCCUGCCCAGAGGGGCCCCGAGUUUGUCAUGCCACCCAGCCGAGGGGCCAAGUCUGUCAGCCCCAGGAGGGGGAGUGGGCCACAGCAGAGGGGCCACAGGGGUCAAACGGCAGGGUCAGAGUUCAUGAGCGAGAGAGUUCAAGGACUCCAUGGGUCACGGGCAUUCACCCCAUUGACGCCCCGCGGAAGAGCCAGGAGGGGCAGACCUCCGUCCCGCUCACCCCUGUCCAGGGGUGCCGGCGUCCCUCGUACCAAUGCCCGCGGCCAACCACUGUCCUCCUCCGAGGAUGAGCCCUACACCCGUCUGUGUCCCACCCCGCACAUCCCAGACAGCCCAGCGGUCCCCAGCCACUCCUCCACGUCUCUCCUCACUACCAUUUCCCAAGAUGAAAGCAGCCCAGCUGGGAGCAGCUUCGUGGGGCUUCGCGUGGUGGCCAAGUGGUCCAGCAACGGCUACUUCUACUCAGGCCGCAUCACCAAGGACCUGGGCGAGGGGCGUUACCGGCUGCUCUUCGAUGACAGCUAUGAGUGCGAGGUCACGGGCAAGGACAUCCUGCUGUGCGACCCCAUCCCCCUGGACACUGAGGUCACGGCACUGCUGGAGGACGAGUACUUCAGCACAGGUCGAGUGAAGGACUACAAGAAGGAGGGCGAGGACUUGUUCUACAGUGUGGAGAAGCAGGGCCAGACUACAGCUGUAGAGAGGGAGGGCCAGACUACAGCUGUAGAGAGGGAGGGCCAGACUACAGCCACUACAGCUGUAGAGAGGCAGUGGUACAGCCGCAGUUCUGUCAUCCUGACCAUGGAGCAAGGCAACAGGCUGAGAGAACAGUACGGCCUGGGACCCUACGAGCCCUCCACACCCCUUGCCAAGGCCUCUGAUAUCAGCCUGGAUAACCUGGUGGAGGGGAAGAGGAGACGCAGGGGGAUCACAGGGGGGGCCAGCCCCCUCACCCCUGGCCCCUCUGGGAAGAGGAAGCUGAUCAGCUCUGAGGACAGGGACAGGACCCCGGCUAAGCGAGGCCGCAGAGGGGGAGCCAGAGCCGGUCAGCGGGUUGGUGUGUGUAACACCUCAGGCAGUGGCACCGACCUGCCCUGGGACCAUAGUGACCUGGCGGAGACUCACGGCCCGCUGCCCCAGAGUGCAUCUCUCUUCGUGGGCUUUGUCUUCAUGCUGACCGCAUCAUCAGAGAGCGACCGCCAGACCAACCAGCCAAUCAGUGAUGGCGAGGAGGAGUAUGUGCAGACGGCCCCCUAUCACAAACGCUACACUGAGACACAGCUGGAGGCCGGAGCAGGCUUCAUCCUCAACGACUUCAACGAGGAACAGUGCAAGGCGGCCUAUCAGAGCCUGCUGAUCACCGACCAGCAUAGCCGAACCAGGAAGUACCUGCUGUGUGUGGCCAGUGGUGUGCCGUGUGUGUCUCACAUCUGGGUGAGGGACUGUUGCAAGGAGGGCAAGCUGCUCAACUACAGGAACUACCUGCUGCCCGCCGGAGUGGGCCCUGACGAGCGCAUAGUGGAAUGGCAUCCGCGCUGCAGCCCGUUUAAGGCCCUGCGGGUCCUGUUGGUAUUUGAGGAGCCGGCGGAGCUGUGGUCUGAGCUGCUGAUGAUGAGUGGAGCUUCCUCUGUGAGACAGCAUCAAGCAGAAAAGGACAGCUCUGACAUUCCUGUGGGCAAGUUUGAUGUGGUGGUCACAGACCACACCUGUCCGCCAUUGGUUCUGAAGAGUGUGACAUCACAGGAAGUACCCAUGGUGUCGCCCGAGUGGCUAAUCCACAGUCUGAUCUGUGGGGAGCGCCUGGGAUACCAUAGCAACCCCCAAUAUCGUCAUGACUACACAUCCCCACCCUCAUCCUAAUCCAAGCCUCCCUUCGCGCACAUACAGGUUUAUUGUAGGUAGAAGAUGCCCUUAUCCUCAGAUCUGGAAUCAGUUUCCCAACUCGCAAUCAUAACCAUUAUGAGGGGUGAUAUCUGACCCUGUGUCAGUGCUUAGGAGCAACUUGUACCUACAUACACACCGUCAACCACGUUAAAUGUAUUGUGUCAGUUCUAUUGCAUGCUACUGUAUAUAGUUUUAACCUGUCUGUUUUUAUGGAAUAAUAAACUGACUUUCAUUUUAA